CCAAAACUAAAUAUAAACUGGCCUAACAGGUAGUACAAGUUAUUUCCUUAACUGAUUGCAGGAACAAAAAUACAGAACAACACGCUAAAUGUGCCAUUAGGCGAACUGUGACUGCAUGGUAGCCUGGUAGAAGUUCAAGAGCGCUACAGAACAUAGGUGGGGAGCUGUUGAUAACACAGAGCUACCUGUUGGAGACUCCUGAGAGUAUGGCUGAUGAUGUUACUCCUGAAGCUGGAUCCAUGUUGGAUAGCCAGGUGAAACGCUAUGCCUUCACCCCUGAAACACGUCAACCAAAGACACAGAGAGAAUUAUAUCUGAACCUGCUGUUCUUGAUAGUGAUUGUAGUUCAAAUUGCAGUGUUGGUGGAGGCUUGCUUCAUCUUACACCUCUACACCACUAGAUCACCUAGUGCACAAGGAGACCCACCACUCAGUUAUGAAGGGCAAAUUCAACAUACAAUGAGCUCAAAUUCCAUGAAGAAACCCUCAAAACCAAUGGCCUAUCUGAUUGGUGCUAAUAAACUUAGCAAGGGUGGAGUUAUCUUUUGGGAAGUGGGUGAUGGCAUGGAUGGAGCCAUCAAGCGCAAAAUAAAAUAUGACAACGGGAAAAUCAUCAUUCAAGAAGAGGGAUAUUACUCUAUUUUCUCCAAGAUGUAUCUGAAAGAGACACAAAAACACCUGAUCCUACAUGAGAUUGUCAAGACCACACCCCGCUAUCCAAAAGAAAUAGUUCUCCUACGGUCAAAAAGAUUCCCUCCCAGAGCUGCAGGUUCAGGUAGUAGGCCUACUACAACUAGCUACUUGGGAGGAGUGUUCCAUCUGUUUGAAAAUGAAGCUAUCUUCGUCAAGGUGAACAACCACACAGAGGUCGUCCUUCAACUUACUUCCAACUACUUUGGUGCUUAUAUGGUGUAGCAAACAAGUCAGAUGACAGGAUCUUGACAUACAAAACAUUGUAUUAACAUUAAUCUUUUUUUUUAACAAUUUUUAAUGUUGAUGUUUAUAUUUUUUUAUUAAAGGUGUAUGUAAAGUUUAA